GUGUACUCCGGUGUCCACAGAAAUCUAUACCUGCGAAUGCCUUGAAGGAUUUCUUGGAGACAACUGUGAAAUAGAUUUUGAUGAGUGUUUCAGCAAUCCGUGUCUGAACCAGGCUACAUGUAACGAUGGCGCCAAUAGCUACUCCUGUAGCUGUCAAGUGGGCUGGGUCGGUGACAGGUGCACUGAAAGUGAUCUGCCCAUUGUGAGCAUUGUACAACUGUGGAGUGAUUCAUUCACCUUAGCCUGGACAGUGGAGAUACCCGUCAACUGGUUCAGGGUCCAGUACCGUGAUGUCAGUACAGGUGUCUGGAAGCUAGAGCCUAUAGUCAGUGGUAACCAACUGCUCUACGUUGUUCAGGGGCUUCAGAACCAGACUCUGUAUGAGUUUAGAGUCGGUAUGCAGAGGGCCAGGGAUGAUAGUAGUGUGUAUACAAUACCCGAUACCAUCAGAACAUGCAUUAGGGGAUACGGGAGCCCAUCCGACUGUGGAGUCGACUCAACAAUGAGGGCGCCAUUUAACAUCGGCAUUCAGAACUCCCGAGCAUCUUCCCUGACGAUAACGUGGGAGGACGACACCAACCCGAAUGCAAUAACCGUCCAAAAGAGGAUCUAUGGGAGUGAGCAAUGGACCAAUCACUCGGUGUUAUCCAGUCACAUGGGGGUGUAUGACGUGGCACCCCUGGAGGGGCAUGAGUACUAUGAGAUUCGAUUGGUAUAUCCAGCCACUGGGGAAACGAGUCUGGUUGCUAGAUUUCAUACAUGUGAACCAGGCAGAGGUGGUCCUAACUGUGAAUAUUUGUACGCUGCCUGUACUAUAUGGGGUGACCCUCACUACAUCACCUUUGACAGCAAGAGAUAUGACUUCCAAGGUGACUGCGACUACACCCUCCUGACUGAUGCCUGCAUCGAGGGUCUCAAGCUAGACCAGUGUCUCGAAUCCAGGAGCUUACUUUGA